CCUGGAACAGUCCGUCACGCAAAUCCUGGCGCGUUCCAGCGCUCUGAUUGGUCAAACGCGCGUCACGAGUAGAACUCCUGCACUGCUGAUCUCGUGCUGCUGUCUGUGCUGCGGAGAAAAUGAGUGAGUCUUUAGUUGUGUGUGAGGUGGAUGAAGAUCUGGUGAAAAAGUUGAGGGAUUUCCGCUUCAGGAAGGAAACCAACAAUGCUGCCAUCAUCAUGAAGAUUGAUAAAGACAAACAGCUGGUGAUUCUGGAGGAAGAGCAUGAGGAUAUUUCCCCCGAAGACCUGAAGAAUGAGCUACCCGAAAGACAGCCCAGAUUUGUAGUCUACAGCUAUAAAUACCAGCACGAUGAUGGGAGAGUGUCUUACCCCCUGUGUUUUAUCUUCUCCAGUCCUGUUGGAUGCAAACCUGAGCAGCAGAUGAUGUAUGCUGGCAGCAAAAACAAACUUGUGCAGACCGUUGAGCUGACCAAGGUGUUUGAGAUCAGAAACACUGAAGAUCUGACUGAGGAAUGGCUCAGAGAGAAACUGGGCUUCUUCCGCUAAGAAUAGUCCGAACAAGCUAAUGCAGAUGUUUAAAAUGUAACAGAGACGGGACCAUCAUCUCCAAAAGGAGAGAAUACCAUAGUCCAUCAGAUUAUGUCUGUUUGUGUAUGUUUAAAUGCCGCUGCCCAAAUGCUAAACCUGCCUGUACCAGAAAUUUGAGGUGCAAAAGAAAAGGAAAUUUGAAUGCAUUUUUCAAAACUGCUAUUAACUAUUCCUUGGAUUUUUAGAACCAUUCCAAUCACGUCCCUGAGCAGUAAAAAAUGUAGAACUCUGCACAGGUGGCCAAUUCCUACUGUCUCGAGUUGGGUGUUAUGCUUGUGAUUUUAGGUCAUCUCAAGCUAGCCUUUACGAUAGUUGCUAUAUAAAUGCUAUAAUCAAUAAUAAUGUUAAUGCCAGUUUUGAUGUAAAAUCACGCAAGUCUUCAUGUGAAGUCCUACUUUUACAAUGGCCAAAUAUUUUCUGUGUUUUUUGUAUGCAUUGAGUUGUCACUGGGAGGUAAAGGGGUUGGGAGUUCACUAAUAUUUUUGGGAGAUGGUGUCUAGCCUUUUGUCUUGAGUGUCAUAAAAUCAUUCUAGUUUGCCUUUUCAAAUCUGUGAUUGCGGCUAGAUGAAGAAAUUUUAUAAAGUUCUAGAAUCUUUCUCCUUUGGUUAAUUGGAUGAGGGUUCUGGGUUCUCCUUUUUCCUGAUUCACUGUAUUUGGGUGUUUUAGCCAGAGACCAGAGAACUCAACUGUCCCACCUCAUGGGCUUAGUUGUACAGCUUUCCAAAGUCCAAUUAAAAGCUAGUUUCAAUAUACUUGAGUUCUUGCAAAGUAUUGCUAUUUCCAUAUUUAUGUUAAAACAAUCUUUCUAUUGGCUAAAUUUGAACACUGAAAAUUGCUUAAAUGUUUACAGCUUCAAAGAGUAAUAUGAAACUAUGAACAGUUUGGGAAGUGAUGUUGUGGUUUUUAUAAGUAAUACCUCUGCAGAUCUCACAUUUUUCAGAAUCUGUGAGUUCUAAAGUGGGUCAGGCUCACUUGUGCAUCGUCUCUGUACACCUGUAGAACCUGUAACACCUGUGAGUAGUGCUGUUUUUUAUUAAACAUUGAUUUCUCACUUUGGUGGUUUAUAAGAUGUGGACAUCACAUGAUAUGCCCCAUACAGUAGUGAACUGUGUAUUUGUUUUACAUCAGUUUUUCUCCACUAUGAGCUGUUCUAAUUUUUUUUAAUGACUGAAUCAGAUGCUUUUGUUUGUCCUGAAUGUUUAUAACUAGUUCUCAUUAUGUCUCAAUUAAAUAUGUCUGCUGUUAAUUUUGAAUAAUUAA